ACCAUCAAGCUUUCAGGCAGGGCAAGCAACUCGAGUAGUAGUUGCCAGCCACACCUCCUGUCUUCCUUUUUCCUUCUCGCAUUGUGGAGGAGAAGGAUCAAGUGCUCAUAAGCAAGCUAGCUUGACGAAGUAUAGGAAAUUAGGAAUACAAAUAAACUCAUCCUCCUCAUAUAUAAACGCUCGAUCUCCAGAUAUGGCCGGCCUGUCCCUGCUGCAUCCCAUGGCCUUCGCCUUCGGCCUCCUCGGCAACAUCAUCUCCUUCAUGACCUACCUGGCCCCACUGCCGACGUUCUACCGGAUCUACAAGAACAAGUCGACGGAGGGGUUCCAGUCGGUGCCGUACGUGGUGGCCCUCUUCAGCGCCAUGCUGUGGAUCUACUACGCGCUGCUCAAGUCCAACGAGCUCCUGCUCAUCACCAUCAACUCCGCCGGCUGCGUCAUCGAGACCCUCUACAUCGCCAUGUACCUCCUCUACGCGCCCAAGAAGGCAAAGCUGUUCACGGCCAAGAUCCUCCUCCUCCUCAACGUGGGCGUGUUCGGGCUCAUCCUCCUCCUCACGCUGCUGCUCUCCGCCGGACAGCGCCGCGUCGUCGUCCUCGGCUGGGUCUGCGUCGCCUUCUCCGUUAGCGUCUUCGUCGCGCCGCUCAGCAUCAUCCGCCAGGUGGUGAGGACAAGGAGCGUCGAGUUCAUGCCCUUCUCGCUCUCCCUCUCCCUCACCGUCAGCGCCGUCGUCUGGUUCCUCUACGGCCUCCUCAUCAAGGACAAAUACGUCGCUCUGCCAAACGUCAUCGGCUUCAGCUUCGGCGUGGUCCAGAUGGGUCUCUACGCGCUCUACCGCAACGCGACGCCCAGGGUGCCUGCCAAGGACGUGGCCGACGACGCCAGCAAGGACAAGGCGCCCGGCGAACAUGUGGUGGUCACCAUUGCCAAGCUGACCGCGGCGACGACGGCACCUGCAGCUGCCGUGGCGGAGGAUCUUGUCAAGGUCCACGACGGCCACCCGGAGGAAGCAGCCAAGGGCGCCGCCAAGCCGGCGGAGAACGGCGCGGGACGCAGCGACGCCGAGCAAGUCUAGAUUCCUCGCUCGAUCAGAUCAGAAUUCAUGAAGAAGAACAUGCGUAUGUAUGUGUAUCCGGUAGGUCGUAACAUAACAUAAAUUAAGUGCGCAUGCAGUUUGGCAACUCAUGUUGUUUCAUUUCGUUCUCGCGCAAUAUGCGCAUGUAUUAAUUUUAGAUUGUCAUUGUUGUAGUUCUUGCCUCCGAUUAUUAUUAGUGUGUCCGUCACCUUCCAUGUAAUAACAAAAAAAAUAUAUAUAAAUGGUCCUAUUAAAGCAAAAGCUAAAGUUCGUUUUUAUGCCAAA